AUGCAGAAUUCAGAGCAUCAGACAUCAGAACUCAAUGAAGAAACACAGUCUGUCAUUGAGAGUUUUGGAGGACGACAUCAUUUCUUUGGUCCCAAAACACAAGUGUCCACACUGAUGGAGAAUAUUGAGAAGAUGCUGGAAGAAAACAGAGGAGAGGUUUUCUCCACAGAAACAUUUUUGGAGGCACAGAUGAAAAAACUAAUGAAAUUUGAAGAGAUGAAGAAGACAAUUUCAAAGGAAAACACAGAUGAUGAACUAAGGAUUGUGCUGCUGGGAAAAACUGGAGUUGGGAAAAGUGCAACUGGAAACACAAUCUUAGGAAGAAAUGCAUUUAAGGCAGAAGCAUCUUUUGAAUCAGUGACAAAAGAGAGUUGGAGAGAAACAUCUGAAAUCAACGGCCGACACAUUACUGUGAUCGACACUCCAGGACUGUUUGAUACUGAACUUACUAAUGAGGAGAUUCAGAGAGAAAUCACCAACUGCAUCUCCAUGAUCCUGCCUGGACCACAUGUGUUUCUCUUACUGAUUCCACUGGGGCGAUUCACUAAAGAAGAAGCAAAGUCAGUGAAGAUCAUCCAAGAGACGUUUGGUGAAAAGUCUUUAAUGUUCACCAUGGUGCUCUUCACCAGAGGAGAUGAUCUGAAGGACAAAACUAUUAAAGAGUGUUUGGGAAAACCUGGAUCUCCUUUGAUGAAGCUGACUGAAGCGUGUGGAAACAGAUUCCAUGUGUUCAAUAAUAAUCAGACUGGAGACCGAACACAAGUGUCUGAUCUACUGGAGAAGAUAGACAACAUGGUGAAAGCAAACGGAGGGAGUUUCUACUCAUGUAAGAUGUUCAGACAGAUGGAAAGAGAAAAACAAGAACAACAGAUGAAGUUCCUGAUGGAGAGAGUCAGAGAAAGUGAAGAAGAGAUGAAGAAACUAAAAGAAGAAAAAGAGAGAAUGAAGGUAAUGAUGGAAGAAGAAAGACAGAAUCAGGACAAAGAGAGAAAGAGAAGAGAAGAGGAACUGAAAAGAGAAAUAAAAGAACAAGAGAAACAGCAGAGAAAGAUGCGAGAUGAAAUGAGACGAGAGCGAGAGGAAAUGAGGAAAGAAAAAGAGAGUGUGAAAAAAGAAAGAGAAAAACUUAAGACUGAAUAUGAUACAGAAAUAGACAGACUGAUGAACAGAAUAGGGAAUCAUGAAACAGAGAGAAAAAAAGAAGGAAGUGAGGAAAAGAUACAUGAGGAGAUGAAGAGAGAACGAGAGGAAUGGGAGAAACAGAAACUACAGGAAAAGUUAAGAAGAGAAGAAGAGGAUGAGAAAAGAAGAGAGAAAGAACAGAGAGAUUAUGAUGAAUUUAAUCAGAGACUGAAACAAGAGAGAGAGAAAAUUGAAAGGGAGAAAGAAGAUAUACAAUCUAAACAUGAAAAAGAAGAAAACAAGAUGAAGAUGACGAUGGAGCAAAUGAAAAGAGAAAUAGAAGAAAUGACAAAGAAACAUGAAGAACAGAAAGAAAAAAUUAAGAUGAUGAUGAAGGAAGAACAAUUGAAUCAGGACAAAGAAAGAAAGAGAAGAGAAGAGGAACUGAAAAGAGAAAUAAGAGAACAAGAGAAAAAGAUGCAAGUUGAGAUGAGACAUGAACACAGAGAGGAAAAGGAGAGUAAAAUGCUUGAGCAGAUGAAACAGGAACGAAUGCAAUGGGAGAAACAGAAACAAGAUGAAAGACAGAAAAGAGAAGAGAAGAAGACAAAAGAAGAAAAGCAGAAAUCUGAACUUUACAAGAAACAGCAAAGUGAAGUUUGCGAUCUCACAAUGACUAAUUCAGAGUGUCUGAAUUUGGUUUUGCUGGGAAGGAAACAAGCUGGGAAAAGUUCAUCAGGAAACACAAUACUGGGACAACAAGCUUUCAUAUCCAAGAAAAGCUACAAAUUAGUCACCCAGGAUGUAGAUGUGAAAUCUGGGACUGUUAAUGGUUUUCCAGUCACAGUUUAUGACACACCAGGAUUCGGUGGCUCAGAGUUGAGUGAUGAAGAGAUUCAACAGAAACUUAAAAAUGUUCUCCAGAAAUGUGAAUCUGGUCUGUGUGUGUUUCUGCUGGUCAUCAAAGCUGACAUAUUCAUUGAAGAUGAGAGAGAAACUGUUGAGAAGAUUGAGAAGCUGCUGGGAGGCAAACGCUUGGAGAAAACCUGGAUUCUCUUCACCAGAGGAGACGAACUAGAGGAUGAAAACAUGACCAUAAAAGAAUUCAUCAGUGAGACUGAAGCAGUGAAGAAACUCAUUCAGAAAUAUGAUCAGAGAUACCAUGUGUUCAACAACAAGACUAAAGGACCUAAUGACCAAGUUAAAAUGCUGUUCAUAAAAAUACUUAGGACAGCCAUUCACACAAUGGUAGGAGAAGACAAAUUGAAACCAAAUCCACUGAAGAGAAGAAUACCAGAAAAUCUUGCUGACAGUCUCCCAUCCAGAAGGAUUGUUAUCCUGGGUAAAGCUGGUGUUGGGAAAAGUGCAACUGGAAACACAAUCCUGGGACAGAAAAAGUUCAGAUCUGAAAUGAGAAGCAUGUAUGGAGUAACCUGUGAAUGUUCAAAGCACAGAUCUGUGUCAGGCAGAUCUGUGUCUGUAGUUGAUACUCCUGGAUUCUUUGACACACAUUUAAAAUCUGAAGAGUUAAUGACAGAGAUAGCAAGAAGUGUUUAUUUAUCCAGUCCUGGACCACAUGCUUUCCUCAUUGUGUUCAGAGUAACUGACAGAUUCACUGAACAGGAGCAGCAAAUUCACCUGAUGACUGAGAUGUUGUUCGGUCAGGAGGUAUUAAAAUACUCCAUCAUUCUCUUCACUCAUGGAGAUCUGCUAGAUGAGCCCUUGGAGAAACUCAUUCAGCAUAACAGUAGAUUAAGACAUCUAGUUGAUCAGUGUGGAGGCAGAUAUCAGGUGUUCAACAACAGAGAUGAGAAUAACAGAGAGCAGGUGAAUGAUCUACUGCAGAAUAUUGACACAAUGAUAGAACAGAAUAGAGGAGGAUAUUACAGUAAUGAGAUGUAUGAAGAUGCCCAUAGAUUCAGACGAGAGGAAGAAAAGAGAGGACAGAGAGAGCAAGAGAAGAGAAAACAACAAGUGGAGAAAGAAAUACAAGAAAAGACUGAGAGAAUCAAUAGAAGUCAAAACUGUGUCUGUAGUUGAUACUUCUGGAUUCACUGAAACAGAUGAAACAUAAAACAUGGACAUGCUUUUCUUAUUGUGUUUAAUGUAAGUAAUAAGUUCACUGAUCAAGAGGAGCAGUUUUUUUCACUGUUAGUGUUUGGUGAAGAAAUGCUGAAAUACUCCAUCAUCCUCUUCACUCAUGGACAUCUGCAAGAAGGAAACUCUCUACAAGACACACAUUAAGGAGAACUGUGCUUUAAGUCAUCAAGUUGAUCAGUGUGGAUGCAUAUUUUCCAUUUUCAACAAUAUCACCGUACUAGGCACUAACUGAAAGUAAUCCAGUCUCUAAAUCCAUACAAUGUUCUGCUGCUGAGAUAAUGAAAGAGACAGCUGGAAAUAAAAAAAUGCCAUUAGUGGAGAUGGCACUGGACCAUAGGUUAGAAUAUUAAAUAUAUAAAGUUUAUUUUAAACUGUGAUUUUGAUGUUUGUUGGAUGUUAAGUUCAGUUGUGCAUUGAUCAUUCAGUGUCAUUUGU